AUGAAGACCAUUCUCUUGAUCGUUUCUGCUCUCGCUCUCUUUCUCCAAAACUCGUGGUUCUCAUCAGCUUCGUUGGAAGAAAACUGCAGGAGAAUACACGAGCUCGAUCCCUAUCAAAGCUACGACUUCUGCGUUACAAGUUUUCAAGUAGUUUCCGAGAGCCACACCGCCAAUCUAUCACAGCUUGGCAUCAUCGCAUCGGAGUUGACGAUCAAGAACUACACUCACACGUUGGUUGUAGUACAACAACUGUUGAAGAACCAAAGCCUCUCGCAUUGGCAACGAGCGGCCUUGAAUGACUGCAAUGAAACAUAUAGCUCGGGGAUAGAACAUGCAAUCUUGGCCAUCACUGAGAUCAAGAGCGGCGAUUUCUCAAGCGCGGCAUCUCAUUUGGAUGGUGAAUUCUUUAGCCUCAGAUACCUGUGA